AUGGCUUCAGAUACAGAAUCUGGUCGUGGCGCGACGUUUGAUCCUUUUCAGCUUCGUGUCGUUAUUGGCUCUGGAGUCUUUAACUACAAUGGUUCUGUCCUGGAAGUGGCGGGUCCGAUAGGCCUGCUUUUGGCAGUGCUGCUCAAUGGUGUCUUGGCUGCUUUUGUUGGCGAGAGUGUCAGCGAGCUCGUGCAGGUGUUUCCGGCCCAGAAUGCCAUUUACCUCUACGUGGAACAGUUUGUGGACGAGGAUCUUGCUUGGGUAGCAUCUAUUGCCCAUUGGUAUUGCUGGGCCUCUAUUGUACCAGUGCAAAUGCUCAACGCCUCAAGGCUACUGGAAUACUGGCCCAAGAUUGACGAUGUUGCGGGACCCAUGGCCUUUUAUGGGUUUACGCCUUGGGUUCUAUUUGCCAUCAACCUUUGGGGCGUUGACUAUUUUGGCUGGAUUGAGACCAUUGGCGGUGCGCUCAAGAUGGUUGUCGUUUUUGCGAUAUCAUGUGUCUUGUACAACGUUUCCAUCCAGAAGCAAGGGAAAUCAGACCCAACAUUAGACAUCAGGGAUGCUAAUAGCACCUGUUCAUGGUACAAUAUUUCUGCAGGGACAAGGGUUCUAUGCAUUUUGGUCAGUAUUCGCCGGCCCCCUCCCGUCAUACUCUCCACGUCUAAUCAUCAAGAAAACAGCUUCGUCGUGCCCACAGUCGCCUUCAUCUUCUUGGGCGUGGAAACCACGGCCAUUGCCGCGUACGAAGCGCAGAGCACAAGAUCGAUUGCGCGCUCCUCGCAGAUAACACACUGGGCCUGUCUGCUGCUCUACUUCAUGGUCACGCUCGGCAUCAUCCUCGGCGUCAAGUGGGACGACUGCCGGCUGCCCGGGGUGUGGAAGUUCAUCGGGCGCGAGCCCAUAUCCGCGUCGUCGCCGCACACGGACAGCGCCACCAUCAUCUCCAUCUGGGACGUGAACCCGGGACUGGCCGACGUGGCCAACGGGGCCAUCAUCUUUGCCGUCUUGUCCUCGGCCAAUACGGCCCUCUAUGUCGCGAGUCGCACCUUGUACGGAAUGACGCAGAAGCUGCGGGAUAACCACGUGUUUAGUCGGUCCUUCAAGAGGACCUUUGGCCAGGUGUGGACUUCGACGGGGGUCCCGGCCAUGGCCUUGUUGGUCAGUCUGGUGGCUUUCUACUGGUUGCCGUUUCUAAGUCUCGGGUUGAAGAGGGAUAAUCCUGGAGCGCUGGAUGAUAUGAUCCAAAUCGUAUCCCUCACGUCGAGUAUCUCUUGUGUCAUCACCUGGACACUUCUUUUGAUUGCUUACUUGCGAUACGAUCAUUGGACAUCGUCAUGCGCCCAGGGCCUGGAAAAGGCUGGAAUGGAACGAUUCAUCCGAAGGCAUCCCAAGUACAAAGCCUGGAACGUGCUUAUUUGGCUUCAACCAUGGACGGCCCGCCUCGCUCUGCUCGGAUGUUUGUUCAUCUUUGCCUGUCUCAGCGCAACGUGGUGGACCAGAACUGAAGGUGCCGGCUUCGACAUGGUCGUGGUGGCAUACGGACCUCACGUUAUUGCGUUGGCCUUUUGGACCUUUCUCAAGCUGUGGAGAUAUGGAUUGCACUUUUCGAAAUGGUGGCCGCGCCCACUAAUUUCGAACCGCCACCCGACAGCUUUGAUUCAAAAGCUGAGCCACUUGGAACGUCUCUCGGUCAAGGGGGAGGAAAGGCGCAAGCAGGAGUUUGGAACAACCUUGUUGGCACUUGACUCAGCAUUAGGACAGGCACGGACACGAGCCUCAGAACCAGGCAACCGGCGGGUGUCUGGGACUGAGGUGUCUACGGUCGAGGGAAGUCGAGUGGAUUGA